CCACGGGAGAGAAACAAGGCAUCCGACCGACGCGUCAACAUGCAGAGGACAAUGGGUAAUUAAGUAAUUUAACUAUUCCAACUGCUAAAAGCCAGGGGCAUUUUGGUAAGAAUAUGAACAGUAAAAAAACCACGCUCAAUGAUAGUCUGCGGAAAAUCUGAAAUUCCAACUCUGUAUAGUCUUUUCGCAUCAUAUGAAAAAAAGGAAAUUUUCCUCUGAAAUUUUGAUUUCUUUGUUUUUAUUUUUAAAUAUUAUUUUGAUUUUUAGGGAGCUGUCAAGUUCUCACCAGAAUUUGAUUCCUUAGCGUUUCUUGGUGGAUUUGCAUUUCAAGAAAAGUAGACAUUUUUUGUUUUUUCAAGUUUUUGCGAUUUUUCGGCUUUUUAGUUGAAUCUUGAGGAACAGUUUAUCGAGUGAAAGGUGAUCAGAAUCGCGGUUCAAGUUUCGAGUCCGAUCUCGUGUUGGAUUUUGUUUCCUGGAAAAUGGCGAAGCGUGGAUACAAGCUGCAGGAAUUUGUGGCUCAUACCGCAAAUGUGAAUUGUCUAAGUAUGGGAAAAAAGACACGUAGGCUUCUUAUUACAGGCGGAGAUGAUCAUAAAGUCAAUGUUUGGGCAAUUGGGAAACCCACUUCUUUGAUGAGUCUUUGUGGUCAUACUAGUCCGGUGGAAUCUUUAGCUUUUGAUUCGGCAGAAGUCUUGGUGCUUGCUGGAGCAUCUACAGGUGUGAUAAAGCUGUGGGAUCUGGAAGAAACAAAGAUGGUUCGAGGACUUACCGGUCACAGAUCUAAUUGCACUGCCGUGGAAUUCCAUCCAUUUGGUGAGUUCUUUGCAUCUGGUUCCAUGGACACAAAUCUAAAGAUUUGGGAUAUCAGAAAAAAGGGAUGCAUUCACACAUACAAGGGCCAUACUCGAGGCAUUAGUACAAUUAGAUUCACUCCUGAUGGUCGCUGGGUAGUUUCUGGUGGAUUUGAUAAUGUUGUAAAGGUGUGGGAUCUUACUGCUGGAAAACUCUUGCAUGAUUUCAAGUUUCAUGAAGGGCAUAUUCGCUCCAUAGACUUCCAUCCUCUUGAGUUUCUCCUGGCCACAGGUUCAGCAGACAGAACAGUAAAAUUCUGGGAUUUAGAAACCUUUGAACUGAUUGGAUCUUCCAGACCUGAGGCUACAGGGGUUCGCUCAAUUACCUUUCAUCCUGAUGGAAGAACCCUAUUCUGUGGAUUAGAUGAUGGUUUGAAGGUUUAUUCAUGGGAGCCAGUAGUUUGUCAUGAUUCUGUUGAUAUGGGAUGGUCAACACUCGGUGACCUCUGCAUUAAUGAAGGCAAACUUUUGGGUUGCUCGUUCUAUCGAAAUUCUGUUGGGGUUUGGGUAGCAGAUGUAGCGCAUAUUGAGCCAUAUGGACGAAAUGACCACGCGGAGAAGAAAUUUAAUCUUGAAGGAAGUUAUUCUUUGGAGAAAGCAGGGAGUGGAAUGAGGUCAACUUUGGGAUCACGGCCUAUGUCUCCUGAUUAUGACACAAAGGAAAUAAAGAACAUAUAUGUUGACACUGCUGGCAGUAAUCCUCCUAUUACUUCACAGAAAGCUGGCUCUUUAAAUUCUCCAAAAGUGGUAUUCCCAUUUGAUGCCAGUGAAAUAAGUAAUCUUGCAGCAGAGAAGCAGAGUCCUGGAACAGGUGUUAAUGCUAAAUCUAAUGGACAAUCGGGAAACAAGUCUUUUGUUACACCAAGUGUUGUACCACAGGACAGCCCUCUUGGGAAAGAAUCUAUCACCUUUUCAAGGACAAAACCAGGCAUGUUGCUCAGACCAGCUCAUGUUAGAAGACCAUCUGUUAACAAGUUUGAGGUUGAAAAGCUGUCAGCUGCAGUUGAAUCAGGAACACUUAGCAAUACAAAAAGUGUGUUAGACAGUUCAAUGGAUCUGAAUUCUCAAACUAGGCUUGUAUCAGAGGACAGAGCUAGAAAAUCCUGUGAUGAAAAGGACUCAAACAUCAACAGUGUUACAGAGAAAUCUGAAAAGAUGUUAUCAGCAAAGACACCCCCUAAUCAAGAAACUUGUAAUGAAUCCCUCAAUUUCAGCAAAGACUCAAACUAUGUCAAAUUUGUCAAUGGAGUGGCUGUUGUUCCAGGGAGAACACGCACUCUGGUUGAGAAGUUCGAACGAAGAGAGAGAUUAAACGGCAUUGGUGAUCCAACAACUAACAGUCCAUCGCCUGUGGUACCUGAAACAGAUAGUACACCAGCCAUAAUGAAAGGAGGGACACAAAUCUCUGAAGCACAAUCAGUCUCUGCCAAUGAUAGGAAAAGUGCUGAAAGUCUAAUUUCUAGAACGAAAUCAACUUCUGGCUGUGAGGGAAGCAUUACUGGAAGUCAGAUUCCUAGGAGGGAAUCAACCCCCACUUCUGAAGGGAUCAUUACUGGAGAUCAAAUUUCUAGAAGGGAAUUAACUGUCACCCCUGAUAGGAUCAUUACUGGAAAUCAAAUUUCUGGAAAGGAAUCAACCUUCAUCCCUGAUAGGAUCAUUACUGGAAAUCAGAUUUCUAGAAGGGAACCGAGCUCUUCUCCAUCUGGUGGCAUCUUGACUGGAAGUCAAAUUUCUAGAAGGGAUCCAACCCCUGCUUCCGAUGGGAUUAUUGCUGGAAACCAAAUUUCUAGAAGGGAAUCAACUUCUGUUUCUGAUGGGAUCAUUUCUAGAAAUUCAAUUUCUAGAAGGGAAGCAACCUAUGCUAAUGACAGGAAUGGACCAAGUGGUUCUAUUACUGAAAAUCAAAUAUCUAGGAGGGGAUUGAGUUCUGCUAAUGAUGGGAAUGUUACUAUUAUUGAAAGCCAAAUUUCAAAGGGGGAAUCAAACUCUGCUAAUGAUGAAAACAUAACUGAAAGUCUGAUGCAAACACAUGAUACAUUCUUAAGCACUCUUCGAUCACGCUUGACAAAGUUGCAGGUGGUGCGGCAUUUUUGGGAAAAGAAUGACAUUAAAGGUGCAAUUGGUGCCUUGCGGAAGCUGCCAGAUCAUUCUGUGCAAGCAGAUGUAAUCAGUGUUCUCAUGGAAAAAAUGGAGAUUCUCACCUUAGAUCUGUUUGCUGGCCUAAUUCCUGUGCUUAUGGGCUUAUUAGAUAGCAAAAUGGAAAGGCAUGUAAAUGUCUCAUUGGAGAUGCUGCUGAAGCUUGUAGCAGUUUUUGGUCCAAUGAUACGCUCAACCAUUUCAGCCCGACAUAGUGUUGGCGUUGAUCUUCAUGCUGAGCAGAGGCGAGAAUGCUGCAAUCAAUGUUUUAUGCAGCUGCAAAAGAUUCAGAAACUUCUUCCACCACUUGUAAGGAGAGGUGGUGCCAUAGCAAGAUGUGCCCAGGAAUUGAAUUUAGUUCUUCAAGAAUGAUGAUGAAUGCUGCCAUCUUAAACCCAUCUGCUGCUGAAGCAUGAAAAAGAGUGGCUGGGCUGACAGCUUCUUAUAAAGAUUCGAGUGUCAUAGAAGGCCUUUUCUGUAUCUUACAUCUUGGAUACACAAUUUUGUCUUUGCCACCUUACUUCAUCCUUCUCUGCCCGCGUUUGCCGGUACCAGACUGCUAUAGCUUGAGUCAGUAUCAUUACCUGUAGCCCGUCACGUUUUGAAGAUGGAAGAAGCCAACCUAUGAACCUCACAAAGCUUCUGGUACACCACGGAAAUUUCCUUCUGUCAUUCUUUGAUUCAGUAUAGUGCUGUUUGUAAUCUUCUUGUUAAAAAUAUAUGUAAGCAUAUCCCAAUGCAAAUAUACUCUGCUAUAAUAUCCAAUGAAAUAUAUCAAUUCCUUGAAAGCUUCUUUUUCCUA